UUGGUGCCUUGUAUCCGAUGAAUCCAUUUGUGCAUUAGCGCGAUUGUGCCCAAAACUUGAACAGCUUUAUCUUGAAGGUUGCAAUAUUACUGAUGUAUCUAUGUCCACAUUAGCAAAUUUACGCAAUCUCCAGAAGCUUGAUAUUGAGAAAUGCGAGAAAAUCAGCGUAAAUGCAAUCAUAUCCUUGCAGAAUAAAAUUCCUACUCUUAAUAUUAUUGGUUGGUAUUCGGAUUCAAAUGAUGACUUGAAUAAGAUAAAAGAGAAAGGCAUGCCUAUAUUUGUAUACAAUAUCGACGAGACAUCUAAAAAAUCCUCAGAGCGAAUGAAAGGCAACAAAUUUAGUCCAGAUGCCCCAUUCAAAUUACUG